GUAGGCGCGUACACUUUGGGGUUUCUCUCAUGAAUGCUAAGCUAAUAUCCAUAAUUGUUUUAGUGAUUUAGACUCGGUUUAACUCUCUCUGUGUUGCAAUGGAAAAUGUAAAUGCUAAAUACGUGUCGCAGAAGAUCAGUAAGACCAGAUGGCGUCCAGUUUCUUAUUCCUCUUUGCAGCAGGCGGAUGUGUUUGCGACUGGCUCGUGGGAUAACGAGGACAAUAAGAUUUCUCUUUGGUCCAUUGGGAGUUCUGGCAUGGACGAUGGAUUUGAAGGAGACCCACAGCUGUUAUGUGAACACAAGCACGAUGGAGAUGUUCUGGACCUGCAAUUUUUGGACCAAGACAGAAUUGUCACAGCUUCAUCAACUGGAGCAGUCACCAUCUUCCGCCACCACCAAAACAGUCAGACAAUGUCAGUUUCUCAGCGCUGGGAAAGAGCUCAUCAUUAUCCCUGUGAUAACGCUCCAUGUACUGGCAUCGUGUGCAGCGCUCCCGAGAUUGUUUCAGUCGGUGAAGACGGCAGAAUCAUCGUCUUCAGAAGUGACCACGAGGGAGUUAUCCGGGUCAUAGAGAAUGCGGACAGCAGCACGAUUCACGCGGUGACUUACCUGAGGACGACGGAGAUUCUGACAGUGAACUCUAUCGGCCAGCUGAAGCUGUGGGACUUGAGACAACAGAGCAACUCGCCGUCCCAGAUUCUCUCGCUGUCAGGGGAUAGAGUCCCUCUUCACUGUGUGGACAGACACCCGAACCAGCAGCACAUUGUGGCCACAGGAGGGCAGGACGGCAUGCUGUGUGUCUGGGAUGUGAGACAGGGCAACACACCCUUCUCACUCAUGGAGGCCCACUCUGCUGAAAUGUGGGAAGUCCACUUCCACCCGACCAACCCAGAUCACCUGUUCACAUGCUCAGAGGACGGUUCUCUGCUGCAUUGGGAGGCAUCGUCACAGUCAGACAUGCCCUCAUUCUUACAAGGUGGCAGGAACAACAGCAUGAUAUCCCGCAGUGCGAUGGCCCCGGCAGGAGGAAACCAGUCCUUGAUCAGCGCCUGGCUCAGCGGAGACUCCAGUAAAGGUCGCUUGGAGACGACUCACAUGCUGCCCAGCCAGACGCUGUCUGUCAACAGUUUGGAUGUACUUGGACAAUGUCUUGUCUGUGGGACUGAUGGAGAGGCUAUUUUUGUCAACAGACAGGUCCCCGUUUAAAAGACCUGUUUGUGCAGCGGACAAGAAGUGCACAUUGAUGUUUAGUGUCAUUUUCCGACACAUCAGAGGAUUCAUUGUCAUCUUUGAUCAGACAGGAAGCCAAAAAUAAAAUUUAGCUUUU